CGCAGGCUGUUCCAUCAUCCAUCCCCUAUUAACUCCAUCGAAUCGCGCCUUUUUUCCGUCGAUAACGACUCCCUCGCUCGGUCAUUCUAGUCGCAAUUCGAUACGAAUCUUGAGUCAUCAACUAGGAUCUCGUGCGAUCCCAGCGCAAUUUCUGCUCCACCUUCCCAUCAACCACCACAACCGCCAACAUGGUCACCCUAACAGAGGUUGAGGACGAGCACUUCCAGAACACCCAGGCUGGCCCUGAGGUUGACGACGACGACUACAGCGACACCGACUCUGAGAUCUCCAACGAGUCCGACUACGAUCCCCAAGACGAGACCCUCGCCGAGCGCCUCUACGCUCUGCGCGACAUCGUACCCCCCACAACUCGCGGCUGGAUCUCAUCCAAGAUCAACACCGUCUCGAACGCCACCUGGACAGCGCUAUCCUUCAGCGGCAAGGCCACGUGGGUGAUCACCACCUCGGCUCUCUUCUUCGGCGUCCCAUUCGCCCUCAGCUUCGCCGAGGACCAGCAGCUCACAGCCAUGGAGCAGGAGUACAACAUGAGGCAGCAGGGCAGUGAGCUCCUGACCGCCGGCGGCGACCAGACGACCGCUGAUCGCAUCGGUGCGGCGCUCGGCGACGAGAAGGACGCCAAGGCGGCGUUGUAAAGACAUGAACAGAUGAAAGCAAGACGUCUAUGUACGAAAGUAUUUGAGCAGGAUCCGCGCGAGCAGGAUGUGUACUAUAUGGAUACGGAUAAUAGCGGUUGGCACGCCACGGACGAAAUGCAUCGGAACGGGAAACGGCGCGUGCUUGCAUGGCAAGGUUGUGCAGUCUCAUCUCUGGGCGGUGUCAUCAAUUUGUAUGUGUACUUGUCAAAAAUAGAACAUUUCCACAUUCUUCAAGCGCAU